AUGUCUCCAUAUUCAGAUCCUGAGUUGCCCAGUACUUUAGACUCUCCACCUAUUGCUCUUCGCAAAGGUAAUCGUUCUUGUGUUAUUCAACAUUCUAUUAGUCCAUUUGUUUCAUAUCAUGCCUUAUCCCCUUCAUUCUCAUGUUUUACAUCUCAACUUUCAAAAUUCUCUAUUCCUAAGACACUUCAGGAUGCAUUAUCUAAUCCGAGAUGGAGGACAACUAUGGAAAAUGAAAUGGAUGCUCUUCACCAUAACGGCACAUGGGAUCUUGUUCCACUACCACCUGGUAAACAACUUGUUAGUUUUAAAUGGGAAUACACUAUCAAAUUUCAUCCUAAUGGUUCUGUGAAACGUCUAAAAACCCGCUUGGUUGCAAAGGACUACACUCAAACCUAUGGCAUUGACUACGAAGAGACAUUCUCCCCAGUUGCCAAAAUCUCUUCUGUUUGA